CUGAGAUGGCAUCAAGAGGCUGCAAGCAUCCGGCAGACGCAUUUUGCUAUGUCUGCGGCCAAUUUAUCAAGGCAAGAGCGAAAGAGUACUCUGUGGAAGCAUCUGCUAAGAUGGGUGAGGCCUACAAGGCAUAUUUCGGCAUGCCUGUCGGGGAUCAAGACAAACCCUGGGCACCUCAUUUCACCUGCGAGCAAUGCAAAACACUCUGGAAGAUCUGCUUCUUGCUGUUUACGUUCCUCUACAUCACCUCCUACCUGAUCAUCACCCGGUUCAAGAAGAGGACCGACUUCAUUCUGGGAGAUGAUGAAGAUGCAAUGGUGAACAGAAUCGCGCUGUGGAUGUGCACCUUCACGCUGGCAGUGUCCCUCGCGGCUGCCCUGCUGCUACCCUUCUCCAUUGUCAGCAACGAGGUGCUGUUGUCGCUCCCGCACAACUAUUACAUGCAGUGGCUCAACGGCUCGCUCGUGCACGGGCUGUGGAACCUGGUCUUCCUGUGCUCCAACCUCUCCCUGGUGCUGCUCAUGCCAUUCGCCUACUUCUUCAUUGAGUCCGAGGGCUUCACUGGCUCCCGCAAGGGAGUGAUGGGCCGUGUGUACGAGGCAGCCGUGGUGCUGUGCCUCCUGGUGCUGCUCGUGUUCGGCAUGGUGUGGGUGGCGUCAUCCAUCAUCGACAAGGAUCCAGCCAGCACCAAGUCCCGACGCGGCCUGUGGGACUUCUACCUGCCUUAUCUCUACUCCUGCAUCUCCCUCUUUGGGGUGCUCCUGCUGCUGGUGUGCACGCCGCUGGGCCUGUCGCGGAUGUUCGGGGUGACGGGUCAGCUGCUGGUGAAGCCGCGGCUGCUGGAGAACCUGGACGAGCAGAUCGAGUGCAGCAGACUGGAGGAGGCAGUGCUCAAGCGACGGCUCAAAGGUCGCUCGGGCUGCUGGCAGCACUUGAGCGUGGAGGCUCUGAGGGAGAGAAUCUUCUGGGUGAGCAAGGAGCGCAACAGCAUGGAGCGGAGGGUUGGAGCCUCUGUUUGGCAAAGGAACUUGUGCUUCCCUCUCGUGAUGCUGCUGCUCCUGCUGCUCACGGGCGUCUCCGUGGUGCUCGUGUGCUUCCACGUCCUGGUGCUGCUCAUCGAUGACGCGGCAAUGCCCAAGGGAAGCCAGGAGGUGGGCUUUGGGAAGGCCUCUCUCUCGGCGUUCGGGCCUCUGGGAGCCACUUUGGAAGUCGCGCUCAUCUUCUACCUGAUGGUGUCGUCUGUGGUGGGAUUCUACAGCCUGCCCCACUUCUGCACGCUUCUACCCAGAAACCGCAGCAUGCCAAUGACCAAGAUUAUCGGUAACUGUGUGAGCCUGUUGGUGCUGAGUUCUGCUCUUCCUGUGCUGUCCCGAACUUUGGGCAUCACCAACUUCGACCUGCUCGGCAACUUUGGCCGCUUCAACUGGCUUGGAAAUUUCCACAUCGUGCUGUCGUACAACCUGCUGUUCGCGGGCCUCAGCACGCUGUGCCUGGUGCGCACGUUUACGGCCACCGUGCGCCGUGAGCUCCUCCGCGCCCUCGGCCUCUCCAAGCUUCUGCUACCCCAAGUUUCAGUUCUGAGUUCACCAAUGGCAGGAAAGGUCCAUCAGCCUGGUUGCAACCAGUCUAGCAGCAACCAUCAACCCAGCACCUACCAGCCCAGCAGUACCAGUAACCAUCAGCCUAACGGUACCAGUCACCAUCAACCUAGCACCUAUCAGCUUAGCAGUACGAAUAACCAUCACCCCAGCACCUACGAAGCAAUCACCUACCAACCCAGCAGUACCAGUAACCAUCAGCCUAACGGUACCAGUCACCAUCAACCUAGCACCUAUCAGCCCAGCAGUACCAGUAACCAUCACCCCAGCACCUACGAAGCAAUCGCCUAUCAGCCCAGCAGAACCUACCAAUUCAGCAGCAAUUUCCAGCUCAGCAGCACUCAGCCCUGCAAAUACCAAUCUAGCGUCGUUGAGCUCAACACACACCAGCCGAGCAACAACCAAGCCAACAGCAGUGAGCCUUGCAGCACCUAUAUCGGGAAUCAUCAGCCCAGCACCCACCAGCCGUGCGAUACCCAGCUCACAUCCCACGAGCUGAACGCCUACCAGCUCAGCAGCACCCAUCCCUGGAGGGACAUCGAGAGAGACACAAGCAGGAACACUGGCAGAGUCACAAGUAGGAAUGCCGGGAAAGGCACAAGCAGGGACGCUGGUGGACAGUCAAGUAGGGACAUUGCCGGAGACACAAGCAGAGACACCGGGAGAGACGCAAGCAGGGACGCUGGUGGAGACGCCUUCUUAUCUGCCUGCCCAGCGCUUGCCGUGGAGGCAGCGGCGGCAUUGGCGGAAGCCGUGCCCGAGGGCCCCACGAUGCUUCCCGCGUGUACGUCACGACCCUCGCUCGGUGGCCCCGCCGCUCCGUGGGGGGCUCUGCGACGGCGACGUGCGCUGAGCGGCACGUACGACCAGGGCAGCAUGGGGUGCCACACGUGGGCGCUCGGCGGGCACAGCAAACCCCUACACAGCAUCUGAUGGCGCCGGUGCGUCAGCUCGCAGGGUUGUGGGGGGAGGGAGAAGCUUCAUCCACCGAUAGUGUGCUGCCGGGCGCGUUCGCCGGUCCCAAGACGAUGUGAAUCGCAGGCGUGCAUGGAAACUUUGGUUCCGGAGGGCGGCAGUAGUUAGUGGACUUCAAAACAACCCCCGAGUUCAGUUGUUCGUGUUAGUCCUGCAGUGGGUGACGCCAUUGCAAGAACACCCCACUCACAUUUCGAGCGCGAGAGUUCAACUCUGGGUGUCGUCAUCAUCAUCAUCAACAAAAUGAACCCCACGUUGUGGGAUGUCGACAGUGCAUGUCCUGUGGAUGUCCUCGACUGGCUUUCCCUGCCGUGGGAGUAUGGAACUGAUACCACUGGCUGGGUGCCACUGAUAGAGUUUAGUGCUGUCCAAAUGCCCUUUUGAGCACUCGGACUUUUUCACUUGAGACUUUUUUUAUUGAAGAACUGUUUUAAGCUCGUUCGCAUGAAGGACGUCACUGGAAUGUCCGCGUUUUACUACGAUUGUCCAACACUGCACAAGCGAGGGUACGUUGAAUAAAAAAGUAAGCUGCAAUGAGUAAGGAGAAAACUGGAAAAGACAUCAAUGAGCUCUGGCGCUUGGUACGUGCAAUUUCUGUCUUCAGUGUUAUGCAGGCGUUUUUAUUAUUUUGAGUCCCAUUUUUUCACUGCUAUGUGUUUGUGUGUGUCCGGCACGCAAUUUUACAUUUUAUUCCUACCUUUUUUUAGCUUUAUCACUGAACUGUGACCAAUCAUUGCACUGACUGCUGUUGUAUGUUUGUAAGUGAGUGAGCGUGUAUGGGGGAUUUUGGUUUGCAGAUAAUGUGUAUAUGUAUGCGAACCUCUGUUUGUGCCUUUGCGUGCAUAUAGAGUGGAGUUAAUGAUUGGAGCUCCGUGCUACCUCUCACUGCAAUUCUAUUCCUCACACUGAUGCAAGUAUCAGUUGCAAUCUGAGCAUGACCCGGACCUCUGAGCUCACUCAUGAGUGUUCUCUACACUCCUCGGCACCAAAUUACACCCAUCUUGCUACAAACACUGCAGGUGAACGAGGCUGUUGUGUUUUUGUCACGUGUGGUUUUCCUUACAGGCGUGUGUGUGCGAAUCACUUCUCAAUACUGAUGUCCUCGUGUCUCCUGUGUUGGGAGAUAUUCCACUUGAAAAUGGUCCCAGAAAUUCCACUGUGUGUAUGUGCGAUUAAAUGAAUGUGUUUGUUGGUGUGAUGUUUUAGUUGUUUGCACACUGCGUGGCAAUUGGCAGCGAGGCUUGUGCGGUUUUUGACCAUGCACAACACCAAUGGCAGUUAAUGCCCAUGAACCUGACCUGGGGCCUUCUAUCAAUACAGCCAGGAAUGAGUACCAGGGAGACAAAGGUGGCUAGGCAUCUGUGAUUCUAGCCACAUCACCUGGCCUCAACAGGCUCUUCUGCUCGCCUUAAUAAGACAGUGCUUGUAACAGCGCUUGCUUUAACAGUCUAUCGGCCAAAUGGGAGACCAUUGUGUCAGCAUGUGUAUACAUAUCUGCUGAUUAGUGGUGUAUGCCUGUGUAUGUGACUGUGUGCAUCCAUGUCUGAACCUGUGUUAGCCUAUCGCAUUGAAUAUGAAUUCGAUGUAUUUUGUCACAAGGGGCCGUCCAUAGAUGACGUCACGCGAUUUUGGACUAUUUUUGACCCCCCUCCCUCGUCACACGGCGUCACAAAAAGUCAGACCCCCCCUCCCUCAAAUAUGACGUCACAAAGCUCUGCCCCCCCCCCCCCCAAAUAAAACAUGCUUCAAAUCGCUUUAAACUAUUGUCAUUGCAGUGCGUAUUUAAUGUGGCGCUGCACUCUGAUGUUGUAGGAGAAAAUGUUAUUAAAAAGUCUAUUUAAUUAAGUCGAACGCGUUGUCUAUAUUUAUUUAAAGUUGCGCAUUUUGAUGUGACGUCACAUUUCUCACCCCCCCCCCCUCCCUUCGGCACACAUCGUCACAAAUGUCUGACCCACCCCCCCCCUAGGUGCGUGACGUCAUUUAUGGACGGCCCCUAAACAAAGCAAAUAGUUUUCGGCCUGUGGCCCACAAGCACCGAUCGGGACCUUGGCAAGGCUGUCCUCACAGCCACACUAGGCCUCGUCACUAUACCCUAGCAACAAAACCAUCUAUGUGGCUCUAGACUUGAAGCUUUCCUGACUGCAAGGAAUCAUAUUCUUAGGUGUUUUCGGUAAAGUCA